CUCUCUCUCUCUCUCUCUCUCUCUCGUUAUUCAUGUUUUUGUUGUUGUUUAUUGGUUUGUAUUUUGUUGUUGUAAAAAGCGUAAUUGAUGCACUUCCCCCCACCAUUCAUAUUUCAAUUUGAUUUGACACUGGCAUUCUCACACCGAUGCUUUGACUUCGUUUUAAGUUGCAUUUUCCCUUGGCUGAACUUGAAUCCUGAUUUUAAAAAGGCGUAUUAGAGUACUGAGUAAAUAGUUUUAAAGAGAAAAACAAAAGUGAUAUAGUUUUACUGCUUCGUAGGUUAUGUGGAAGCUCUCGCUUUCUCAGUUCGCUACUAUAAACAACGGUAUUGAAAAUAUAUUUUUCUUACAGUAUCUAAGAAUGGAAAAAAUAUAAAGUUGAUGUACAAUCACUAUGACCAUGUGAAAUAUUGUGUGUGUUUUAUUUUUGAAAACCAGAGACUGGGUAACCAUAGUAUAUUUUGAUCUUACAUUAUUUCUUAUGUUGCCUAACAUUGAGCAUAGCCCUAGUAAAUGCCAUUUAUGAAUGCAUACUGUAUGUACACAGACGUUUAAAGUGGAACUGCAUUGACUUCUAUUUUGUUAAGAAUAUUUGGUCAUAUAAUUAUCCAUGCACUGCCAAUUUCUUUUUAGGAGAUAGAAAACUGAUUUUAAGAAGUUUAUGAGAUAUAACAGUUCUCUUUCUGUAGUUAUUGUGCCUAUUUGCCAAAGUUGUUGUUAUGACAUUUCCUGACUGUAUUACUGUAAUCAUGACAUACCAAGUGGGAACUCUAUGACACACUCAAGGUGUGAUGGCUGGUCUUUACCUUUGAUAGCUUUACUGGAGGUCUCUUAAGUUCACGUUUAUCGAUGUCUAAAUGUAUACAGUACUAAAAACAAAAGUAAUUGACGAACUGUUCUACCAUGUGUACAUAAAUGCUUCUAAUAAGAACUUAAGUAGUUUUGUUAACAUACCUACGUUUAUUUGUAUGCAUGCCUUUAAGAUACUUUAGGAGAGUGAAAGAAGAAUUAUGUUUGCACAGAUAUAUUUUGUAAAUAUUUUGUUUUCUCUCAUUUUUGUAAAGCUUUAAACCAUACUACAUAAAAAGCAAUGUGGUAAAGAAAGAAAUAAUUGUGUUGUAAUAAAAACAAUAAAGGUCUGCAUGCUUGUAAUGCAUUUCAGGAUGUCUCUACUCACUUUUAGAUGCUCUCCUGUUUUGCUCUCAAGUCUGUACACAGUUCCAAACAUGUACCAAGCAGAAUUUAACAAUGGAUAAUUACAGGAGAUGUCAGUGAGUGUGGUCAGGCCACAUAAUGGCAGCGUUCCAGGCUGACUACGUUGCAGAUGCACGCCAGAUCUCACAACGCCUGGAUAGGUGUUUAUCAUAUCAGUUAACCACAUCAAAUGAUAUAGCAAUCGGAUGCUUGACUGCAGUCGAUGAAGUGGCACAAAACCAGGUGGGUGCAAUGCGAUGUUUGCAUGUAGUUGUCCUGGAGUGUGACUAAUGCUUUGAGGGUGUGAAAACUGUGUAGGAGGAGAGGCAAGUUAACCUUUGUGAAUACAUCUUUAAGAGGAGGAACAACAGAACUACUCUUACCUCAGUCUGCAACCACCACCACUGCAAUGUGUCGGUAAUUAAUUGCUAAGAGAUAUUGAACAUUACUCCUUGAAGGCAAAGGGCCUACUGGCUAAGAGUCCACAGAAUAAUGAUGAACUACACUGUGGAAGCGAGAAACCACGAGAACAUCCUGUUUGCUAGCUUUUACAUCCUGGUCUUUGUGGUCGCCGUGCCUGGCAACGCUUUGGCAUUGUGGGUGUUCUGUCGUCAGGCUGACACCUCACCCUCCAAGCUCUUCCUAAAGCACCUGGCCAUAGCAGAUGUCUCCUACGUGCUGAUCUUGCCCAUGCGGAUGGUCUACCACUUCUCAGACAGCCACUGGCCACUUGGAGAGGUCGCCUGUCGCCUGGUGGGGUUUCUCUUCUACCUCAACAUGUACUGCAGUCUCUACUUCAUGACCUGCAUCAGCCUGGACCGCCUCUUGGCCCUGGUCCUACCAAUCAAGUCACGGUCAAUGAGGAAGGCUUCAUACGCCAGAGUGGUCGUGGUAAUCCUGUGGGUCACAGUGACUGUGUCUAUGGCUCCCUUGCUAUUCUCCAAAAAUCAAACGAUGAUUCAGGUUGACAACACAACCAUGGUCAUGUGUAACCAGCUGUACUUGGAAAAGACUUCUACCAAAGCAUUGGUGUCAACCAUAGUGGCGUUUAUUAUUCCUCUGGUCACCAUAGUGGUCUCCUAUAUAUUAAUCCUAUUGAAACUGAGGGGCGUCAAGCAACAGGAGGAAAGACCGGUCAGAGACAAGGCUAUCAGGAUGAUCAUUCUCAUCAUGGUGAACUUCCUAGUUGCUUUUGUGCCCUAUCACUUGAACCGUUUAAUCUACAUUGAGAGACACACUCAUAGCCACAUGGAAACUGCGUCCAUUGAGGCUCUGGCACUAGCCAACCGAGUCACUUCUGCACUAACCUGUUUGAGUGGAGCAUUGGAUCCUAUUAUGUACUUUUUUCUGGCAAGGACUUAUCAACAUAUACUGCUGCAGCUGUUCUGUAGAGACAGGAGAGAGGACCAGCCAACCACAACCUGAUCUAGGAUCAGGUCCCGCCUGUACAUAAUCUUAUGUUAUGAAAAAAAAAAGGCUAAACUGAUCCUAGAUCAGCACUCCUCCUGUUCUGAGACCAGUACAAGUGUUUGCUUGCAGUGAUUCAAUGACUAUUUAAUAUUACAAUGGCAAUGUACAGUGUUGAAUCCUACAGUAUGAUCUCAUCGUGGUGUUGUGCAAUAAAGGCUACAUGCAAAUAUUUAUUAAAAAUAAUGGUUGGUACGCCUUUGGCCCUGUAUGAAAAUGAAGCUUAUUUCUAGGUUGUUUUACAAUUGCUGUUAUUGUAUGCAUACAAUUAUUGCAUAGUGUAGGAAUACUGCAUGUCUAUUAUUAAACUAUUUUGGGCUAAAUUAAUAAAUAACUCCUUAAUGUCUCCA